AUGCGCUCAACAGUGCAGCUGUCUUUCGUAUCGCCCACUGGCUAUACGGCGUCCACGUGCGGCUAUUGCACUGUCCCUGGCUCCGGCAAACGAAGCUCAGACAAGUCGAGCAGGUCGUACGGCUUCUGGGCACAUCAUCUUUCGCCUCAUCACUACCAGAGCCUCAUCGACAGAGGCUGGAGGCGAUCGGGAAGCUACGUCUAUAAGCCGGAUCUGCUUCGGACGUGCUGCGCACAGAUUCCCAUCCGUCUCGACGCUCGCGACUUCCGACCCAAGAAGAGCCACAGACGCGCCCUCACCAAUGUGCUCUUUCAAGUGCGGCAAACCAAGCCGAAGCCGGCCAAGUGGAAGGGACGAUGGAGCAGAGAUCGAGCUUGGGAUGUAGAGCAGCGCUGGGACGAGAUCGUGCCGCCGGAUCCAUCUCGGGGCCACGAUUCGAGCUCUUUAUCGUCGUCGUGGGCGGAUAGGGUCGCUGGUCCCAUCACGAAUAGACUCCAAGUGAGCCUUGCUCUCGCUGCCACCUCGGAUGAAAAGUAUCAGCUAUUCCGCAAAUAUCAAGCCAGCGUGCAUGGAGAGUCGGACCAAGAUAUCAGCAGCGAACAGGGCUUCCGUCGCUUCUUGGUCGAAACAAGCCUCACUCUGACGUGGCCUUCUUCCGGCGAUCCGCUUUCGCCAACACAGGAGCUGCAGUGGCGAUCAAAGAGCCUCGAUCCCACAAAUUUGCCCAACGAGCUUCCGUACGGCUGCUACCAUCAAGAGUACCGACUGGGUGACAAGCUCAUCGCUGUGGGCGUGCUCGACAUCUUACCCGAAUGCGUCAGCAGCGUAUAUGUGGUUUAUGAUCCAGAAUACAAGGAGUGGCAGCUCGGCAAGGUCUCUGCGCUGCAAGAGAUAUCUCUGACACAACGUCUGGCUCGAUCGACCGCCAUGUCGUCUGUCACACGAUACUACAUGGGCUUCUACAUCCAUACAUGCCAAAAGAUGAAGUACAAAGCAGAAUACCGGCCCAGUCAGGUGCUCGACUGCCACAGCAACACGUGGCGCAACUUGGCCGAGGUGACCCCAGACCUGGACGCAGAGCGCCAUUACAGUUGGACAGAAGGCGAGCACUCGCUCAGAGACCAGGCAGAAAGAGCGCGUCCAGCUUCCAACUCGGGCAUGGAAGAGGACGACGAAGGAGCUGAUAUGCGCGUGCCGACCAAGCCGAAGCCACCGCCAGGAAUGUUGGAUGCUACGGCGAUGCUCAGUGCUCUGGAACACGUGCUGAAAGGAUCGUCCGACGCAAUCGAGCCCAGCGCAGGAGUUCAUCUCUUGCAGUACGCUAGGGUGCUCGAAGCCGAAAAGCAAGCGGAGGGCGUCAAGUCGCUUCUCAGAUCCAACAUCCUGCGCGAGUUCUUGCGGAGAGGACCACCAAAGGGAGGUGACGAUGGCGACGGCUCUGAAGUGGUGCAAGUGGUCGAAUGCGUCGCCGCUAUGGCAAGCGCAGAGCUGGUAGCCGAGAUGAUCUUUUUCGUCUAG